AUGGUGGACUAUUAUCAACAACCACCAGCAGCAAACAACCAGUAUCAACAGGGCUACGACUAUACUCAGCAGGAAGAGGAGUGGGAUCGGGAAGGGCUUUUAGAUCCGGCAUGGGAAAAGCAACAAAAAAAAACUUUUACAGCAUGGUGUAACAGCCAUCUUCGAAAAGCUGGUACUAGCAUCGAAGUCAUAGAGGAGGAUUUUCGUAAUGGUCUCAAAUUAAUGCUGCUCCUAGAAGUCAUAUCGGGAGAACCUCUUCCUCGUCCUGACAGAGGUAAAAUGCGAUUCCACAAGAUUGCAAAUGUUAAUAAGGCUUUAGAAUACAUCGAGAGCAAAGGUGUCAAGCUAGUAUCAAUUGGAGCAGAAGAAAUUGUCGACGGUAAUGUCAAAAUGACUUUGGGUUUAAUUUGGACUAUCAUAUUACGUUUUGCUAUACAAGAUAUUAACGUUGGAGAACUCUCCGCUCGUGAUGGCCUGCUUUUAUGGUGCCAAAGAAAAACUGCUCCUUAUGACAAUGUCAAUGUUCAGAAUUUCCAUACAAGUUGGAAAGAUGGGUUAGCAUUCUGUGCACUUAUUCAUCGUCACCGACCGGAACUGUUGGAUUACUUUAAGCUAACAAAAGCUGACCCGUUACAUAACCUUAAUCUUGCAUUUGAUAUCGCAGAAAAGCACCUUGAUAUUCCAAGGAUGUUAGAUGCUGAAGAUCUUGUGUACAGUCAAAAACCGGAUGAAAAAUCAGUGAUGACAUACGUCUCGUGUUUCUACCACGCAUUCCGUGGUGGUCAUAAGGUUUACAAUAUGGUUAAUAAUGUGCCUGAUGAAAAAGCAGUCAUGACUUACGUCUCCAGUUAUUACCACUGUUUUCUUGGUAUGCACAAGGCUGAAACCGCAGCGCAUCGCAUAUGCCGGGUCCUAAAAGUCAAUCAAGAUAACGAAAAAAUGAUGGAGGACUACGAGAGCCUCGCAAGUGAUUUAUUGGCUUGGAUUCGUCGCUGGAUGCCAUGGUUAUCAAGUCGAUCAUCGGAUGAUAAUUUACAGAUGGUCCAGAAGAAGCUUGAAGAUUUCAGAAAUUACCGAAGGCGUGAAAAACCACCGCGGAUUGAAGAGAAAGGAAACUUAGAAACAUUGUUCAAUACACUGCAAACCAAACUAAGACUUAGCAAUCGCCCAGCUUUCUUACCGACUGAAGGACACUUGAUCAAAGAUAUUAAUGCAGCGUGGAGAGGGCUUGAAGAUUCGGAAAAAGGCUUCGAGGACUGGCUACUUAGCGAAAUGAUGCGCUUGGAACGUUUAGAACAUUUGGUGGAGAAAUUCCGAAGAAAGUGCGAUAUGCACGAAGAGUGGUCUCAUGGCAAAGAAGACGUUCUACGCUCCAACGACUGGCGAUCAAGCGGCCUUUAUAAAAUAAAGGCUUUACGAAAACGUCAUGAAGCCUUCGAAAGUGAUCUUGGAGCUCAUCAGGACAGGGUAGAGCAGAUUGCAGCAAUUGCUCGUGAGCUAAAUAAUUUGAAGUAUCCUAGAAUUGCUGAAAUUAAUUCGCGUUGUCAGACAAUAUGUGACCACUGGGAUCGCCUUGGAUCACUGGCCCAACAAAGAAGAAAACAACUUGAGGAUGCUGAAAGAGUUGCUGAAAAGCUAGACCAUCUAUAUCUUGAUUUUGCUAAAAGAGCUGCUCCUUUCAACAACUGGCUGGACAGCACCCGUGAAGACCUGGCGGACCUUGUUGUUGUUCACGAAAUGAAGGAAAUACAGGAUUUAGUCGAAGCACAUAAUACGUUUAAGACGACGAUACCUGAUGCUGAUGCUGAAUUCAAGAGCAUUGCUAGUAUAGAACAGGAAAUCAUCCAUCUAAUUGAACAACACGGUUUUGAAAGAGAACUAAUAAAAAAUCCAUAUACGGAUUUAACGGGAGGAGACAUCCACCGCAAGUGGGUAGAAGUGCAACAAGCAGUGCCAAAACGAGAUAGUCAACUCCAACGCGAAUUGCAUAGGCAACAAAACAACGAACGUCUGAGGCAACUUUUUGCUGAAAAAGCUAAUUCAGUUGGACCUUACUUGGAAAGACAAUUAGAGCAAGUACUUGCAAUUGGCCUUGGCGGUCGUGGAAGUCUUGAAGGUGCCAUCAGCCAACUAAAGAACAUUUAUCAACAGGCUAUGACCUACAAACCGAACAUUGAUGAACUGGAGAAAAUAAAUCAAGAAAUGCAAGAGAACUUUGUCUUUGAGAACCGAUUCACUCGAUACUCAAUGGAGUCUUUGCGUGUUGGGUGGGAAUCACUGAUUACUUCGAUUAAUCGUACGAUCAAUGAGUGUGAGAAUCAGAUACUGAUGCGUGACAGUAAAGGAAUAACUGAGGAGCAGCUCAACGAAUACCGUGCAUCAUACAAUCAUUUCGACAAAGAUAGGCAGGGACUUGAUCAGGAGCAACUGAAAUCUUGCCUCAUAUCAAUUGGUUACAAUAUUAGGCCUGGAAAAGAGAGAUUUGCUUUAAGGAAAGAGCAGUUCUUAUCAAAAACAGUUGAUGAAAGUAAUGCUAGAGGAAGGAAGUUUCAGGGUGAUCAGGAUAUGGCUAGGAUAUUAUCAAUUUUGGACCCAAAUAGAAUAGGAAGAAUUCCUUUUGAUGCCUUCCUAGACUUUAUGACUCGCGAAACAGGUGACGCCGAUACUGCAGAACAAAUGGUUGACUCAUUUAGGAUCCUCGCUGCCGGAAAGCCUUAUAUCACGGUUGAGGAGAUAAGAAGAGAGUUGCCAACCGAUCAGGCUGAAUAUUGCAUACAACGUAUGAAUUCUUACAAAGCAGUUAAUGGGCCACCUGGAUCUUUCGAUUACGUUACCUUCAGUCAUAGCUUAUAUAGUCAUUAG